GAAAAACCUGAGACAAAUUUUAUAUUCGUCCAGAAACUGAACCAUUCUCAAAGAAACAACUGUAAAUAUUAAACUAAACUAUUACAUCACUAAUAUGGCCGGCAUGGGAUGCUUAUUGUUUCAAACAUCAAAUAUUUCCAACCAUUAUAUGUAUUGAGUAGUUCAGCCUAAACACCAAUACAGUUUAUCUCAAUAUAUCCCAGACCGUUCCAGUAAGAAUUGAUUCAUUUUGACCACACUCUGCUUUCUCUGGACUCUGGAGAAUGGCUUCUUUUUCGAUAGAGGAAUUUGUUGGGAAUGGAGUUCUGAAAGGACUAAUUCCAAAGCUGUUAGAAGAAGGUUGGGAUGAUGUGCCAACCUUGAAGAUCAUGAAUUUGGAGGAUAUGGAUGCAAUAAACAUGACACAACAACAGAAGGAUGCACUGGAAAUCAGGUCAUACCUGCACGAGCGUGCUUUGAUGCAAUAUGGAGAUGCUCUUGAGUCCAGUGGGAAAGGUAUGGCUGAGAUCCUUACCAUAGGCGCUGUAGAUCUUUCUUCCCAGUUUGGUAUGAAGCGAGGCCAUAUUGCUCGUUUCAUGGACAGAACCGGUCCAUCCAGUGCAUGUGUAGAUGAACCAAAAGCUGAUCCUUCCCCUGCAACAAAAAGAAUUAGUACAAUUCCGAAGAAUAAUAGCAUCUACAAGAGUUUUCAAUCUGUAAACUCUCAAAAGGUCCCAUCAAGAACUACUUCAAUCACUGAGAAAACUCUUGAACAAUCGCUGGCGAGUUUUAAAAUUAAGGAUGGAUACAUCUUCAAAGGGAUAGUUGCCAUGGAGCCAGCUGAGCCUAGAGCAUGUGGCUGCGUACAACCUCCUGCUGUAACUGACAAAAUUGCUCCAUACUCUGCUAUCGAAAGCAUCUCAGUUCAGAAGCUAACUCCGGAGUAUAAAAUUGGAAUGGAGCAUUUGGUGAAAACCAAAACUCCUCCAAUGAAGGCUGCAGAACUAUGGCGAAACAAACCAGCUGUGCUACUCUGCAUCCGGCGUCCAGGGUGCAUCAUGUGUCGAGCUGAAGCUCACCAGCUAUAUGCCAAAAAACCACUAUUUGAUGCACUAGGAGUUCAGCUAUUUGCAGUUCUUCAUGAGUAUAAGGAAUCAGAGGUAAGAGAAUUCUGGCCUAGAUAUUGGGGCGGUGCUGUAAUAUAUGAUCGCGGAAUGGAAUUCUUCAAAGCACUUGGUGGGGGGAAACUGUUGAAGGAAAAAUUUCUCUCAGGUUUUUUGUUCAACCCCAGAGCUAUAGCAAAUUACAAGCGGGCAAAAGCAAUGGGAAUACAGCAAAACUUCAAAGGAGAAGGUGAAAUAAAGGGAGGGCUCUUUAUAGUUGGCAGUGGAAAAAGUGGCAUUGCGUACCAGUUUAUUGAGAGGAAUUUUGGUGAUUGGGCACCAGUAGCUGAAGUCCUUGACAUCUGUACUCAGUUGCAGGAAAGUCAAGAGGAGUCCAUUAAAAGAUAAUUGCAGUUUGAAUGAGUGUAGUAUCGUGCAUAUUUCAGAUUCAAAAUAAAUAAAAACAUGUACACAUUGUGAUUCCAGGAUAGGCAAAGUACUAUUUUUUAUAAUUCGUUUUUCACAUAUAUUGCUUGUACUAUUUUGUAUGCAUGUAUAAACAUGAAUUUAUUGCCAUGCAAUUCAUUUUAAAAGAAAGGAAUACCGUACAAUC